CAUAAUGCAUUAUUAUUUAAUGAUGGAAAAAAUCAGUUGUUUUCAUGAAUGGAUGUCUCAAGUUUAUGAAUUUUUUUAUUUUUUACCAUCAUUUGUAGAUGAUGGCUUAUGAAAUCGAUAAACGUCUUAUCACACUGGCUGUACGAGAUUUACCUUUGAAUCGACGGCAGCAAUUAUCCUCAUAUUUAAACGUCGAACAAAUUCUUAUGUCGGAAUGUGGUCUUGCUCGUGAUUAUCGAGGUAUAGCGCAACAACUAAAUUUAUCAUAUUCUGAGAUUGCUAGAUUGGAAAAGCUAUGCGAUCCAUGUGGAUCACUACUGAACUAUCAACAGGUUGCUGAACUAAACGUAUUUGACCUGUUCGAAUUGUUAGUAUCGAUUGGCCGAUUCGAUAUUCUUGAUGACAUGAUUCCGGUGAUUUUGGAUGAUAUGGCCAAUCGGAUUAAUCGAGAGCAUAAUCAAUCGGCACAGAAACUUGUACCUAUUCAACAUGAAUCGAUCAUUUGGUAUGACGCUUAUGUUUGUUAUGCUGAUUCAGAUUUGGAUUUCGUUCGUCGUCUAACUGAAUACCUUGAAUCACCUGCUGUCGGAUUUCGUUUAUUUGUUCGCGAUCGAGAUCUUAUGGUGGGCAAUUGGGUGUACGAAGCAUUUGCUAGACUAAUUGAAACACAAUGUCGUCGUAUGAUCAUCGUAUUGUCGCCAGAUUUUUUUCAAUCUCAUGAUUGUAAAUUUCAAUCUAUGUUUGCUGCUGGUUUGGCAAUCGAGAAAUGUCAGCGUAUAUUGAUACCUAUCAUUUAUAAGCGUUGUGAAGAGAUACCAUCAAUUUUACGGUUAAUGAGUAAAAUUGACAUGAGUAGUAUGGCCAAUUCAAUACCCGAUUGGUCAAUGAAACGAUUGAUAAUGUCGAUAAGGCCGGAACAAUCAUCACCUCAGCAUAGACAAAUUGGACCGCCAAAUCAUCAUCAUCAAUCUAUUGAAUUAAAUGAUAAUAACAAUAAUGACGAAAAUCCUUCCAAUCAUCAAAAUGUUUUAAUGCCAUUAGAAAAAUCUGAAACAAUAACGAUAGAUUCUUCGAUGGAAAACAAUACUCAGAUUAAAAAUAACUCAAUCAUAUCUGUGAUAUCGAACGACGAAAAUUCAUCAUCAACUAGACCUUUAAUUCCAAAUGCUACUGUCACUGCAUCUAGUAGUAAAACAGCAAUGAACAGCGUUGAUAAAAAUCGCUCCAAAAAUUGGAUCAAAACAAUCAAAAAGAAAAUCAAAGUUGCUUUAUAAUUUUUUUAUAUUUUUGUUAAAUUCUAAAU